AUGGCUGUCCUGCUGGAGACGAGUAAGGGCGACAUCGUCGUUGAUCUUUUCACUGAAGAAUGCCCGCUGGCCUCGCGCAAUUUUGUCAAGCUCUGCAAGAUCAAGUAUUAUAACAAUGUCCUGUUCCACAACGUGCAGCAAAAUUUUAUUGCACAGAGCGGUGAUCCCACUGGCACUGGGACCGGAGGAGACUCAGUCUAUGGGAUCAUGUACGGGGAGCAGGCCCACUUCUUUGAGGAUGAGAUACGGCCACAUUUGCGGCACAAGAAGAAGGGCAUGGUGGCCAUGGCUGGUGCUGGCGAGGACAGGAAUGCGUCUCAGUUCUACAUAACGCUGGGCAAGGACUUGGAUUCCUUGGACGAAAAGCACACCAUCUUUGGCGAGGUGAGCGAGGGACUGGAGGUGCUGGAUGCCAUCAACGAGGCCAUCUGCGAUGCCAAUGGCCGGCCCCUGCAGAACAUCCGCAUCCGGCACACUAUCCUGCUGGACGACCCCUUCCCCGACCCCCCACAGCUGGCCGACCACAUCCCUGAAGGCUCGCCUGAGCCAGUCUACGCCACGGAUGACAGGCUGGAGGAUGACUGGGUUCCCCAGGAGGACGGGCGGUCCAUAGAGGAGAUAGAGCGGGAGACCCGGCAGCGCGAGGCGGAGAACCGAGCUGUGGUUCUGGAGAUGAUCGGCGACCUGCCAGAGGCGGACGCCAAGCCGCCCUCCAACAUGCUCUUCGUGUGCAAGCUCAACCCAGUCACCACUGAAGAGGACCUCGAGAUCAUCUUUUCGCGCUUUGGCAACAUCACGUCAUGUGACAUCAUCCGGGAUUGGAAGACCGGCGACUCGCUGUGCUACGCCUUCAUCGGUUUUGACUCGGACCAGGCCUGUGAAGAAGCAUACUUCAAGAUGAACAACUGCCUCAUUGACGACCGCCGCAUCAAGGUGGACUUCUCGCAGUCAGUGCACCACCUAUGGAAGCAGUUCCGGCGGCAUGGCAAGGCCGGCGGCGCGGAGGAGGCGGCCGCGGCGGCAGAGCAGGGCGGCCAGGAAAAGCGGCCGGCCGCGCCCGGUCGCCUAGAGCUCAAGCCCGGCGCCGGGCAAGUCUAUGCCGGUCCAGCAGGUACAGGAACCUGCCCUUAA